AUUUACAAACCCACCACCUCACUAUCUCUCUCUCACUCAGACACUUUCUCUCUCUACAAUGUCUCCCACCCCGCCAACAAAACCCUAACGCCGCCAUCUCCGCCGCCGGCCACCACCAAUGCAAUAAAACCACCACGCCGCCUCCACACUCUCUCUCAUCACCUACAAUGAAUUCCUCUCAUGAAAACCCUAACAAUCCCCCUGACGGUACCAAUUUCGCCUCCGGAAUCAAACCGUCGCCGGAAGACAUGUACUUGUCGAAUUCCGGUCAGUUACAACGGAAGCAGGUUCUCCGACGCCGGUCACACAACAUGAAACAAUUGUCAAAAUGUUACCGUGAUCAUUAUUGGGGGUUAAUGGAGGAAGUUAGGGUUAAAUAUAGAGAGUAUUUGUGGAAAUUUGGAAUCAGUCCAUUUUUACAGGAAAUUCCUAAAGAAAUUGAGAAAAAAAAUGAAGAAGAAAAAAUUAAUAAUAAUAAUAAUAAUAAUGUUAUUAUUGUUGAUAAUAAUAAUAAUAAAGGAAUAGUGAGUGAUGAUGUGAGUGUGAAAUGUGCUUUUAAUGGGUGUAAGUCGAAAGCGAUGACAUUGACUAAGUUUUGUCACGUUCAUAUCUUAUCCGACCCCAAGCAACAGUUGUAUAAGCCUUGCCAGUUUUUCGACAAGAGCUCGCAUGGAGUACUUUCACCAUGUUUAAAGCCAGUACUACGCUCAAUGGUGCCUUGUCUCUGUAGCAUGCACUUUAUGAAAGCCCAGCAACAUGUCUUUCGUGCAUUGAGGAAAGCUGGUCUAAAUGUUACUUCUACAAACAGGUUUGCUCCAAAGUUCCAUGUCAUUGUGACGGAAUAUGUUCGAGAAAUUCAGGACAGGAGGAAGAAUAAUCUGAGUGCAAACAAGAAAAAGGUUGUGCCUAAACUUGAAAUUGAUAACUGACUGCAUCUUGCCAGUUCAGGUAGUAUAAAUCAUCUACAGGGGUAGGUAUUUACCGUUUUUGCAGUGUUCUAACAAUGUACAAAGUCUAAUCCAGAGUUUACUAUCUCAGUAGAUCUAUAUCAUCUUAUUGUUGGGUGGUUCUUUUUCCUUUUCUUUUCAAGGGUUCUUGAAAUUGUUGAGGAAGGUUGCAAACCUUAGUAUAAAGUGCUUUAAGCCCGUCUUGUCUUUAUUUUCUUUUCAACAGUGUAUACUUUUUUGAUGUGUAGUAAUCUUACCACAUGUACAUUAA